AUGUCAUUCAGUAUGGAAGGUAAGGAACUUCAAGUUAUGGAACAUAUAGAAAUUGAAGUUCGAGAACCUUGCAUAUAUAGAGUACCAAGUAGGAUACGUGAUGUGAAACCUGAAGCCUAUACACCUCAGAUGGUCGUCAUUGGCCCGCUUCAUCGUUCUCCCAAACCAUCAACUGCUACGGAUGGUGCUGAGACGAGUAGCAGCUAUCCAUGGCAUCUGAAAAAGGAAUAUAUUAAGAUGGAAGAGAAAAAGAAAACGUACUUGGAAUCUUACACUCAAAGAGUUGGGGAAGAUAAAAUCGAGGAAAUGAGGAAAACCAUACAAGCCCAAGAAGAAAACAUUCGGGCUAGCUAUGAAGAAUCAACUGAAUGGAUACCAUCCGAAUACUUCGUAGAACUUAUCCUUGAGGAUUCAGUUUUCAUUAUGGAGUUCAUCAUAAGAAAAAAUAUUCAAUUUCCUUCAUUGGUUAGACAAGAUUUAUUCUUGCUCGAGAAUCAACUCCCCUAUUUCAUUUUCUAUAUCUUGUUCAAUUCCAUUGUAACGGAAUUGUGUGUUCGUGAUCGUGAGACCUUUGACCACUUUAUCCUGAAAUGUUUUGACCUAAAAGUCCAAGAGAAAACAAACUUCAAGCAUUUCAUAGACAUGUUCCGGUAUGUGUACGAACAAUCGCUUGACGACAUUCCAGAACAGAUGAGAAGAGUUUGGAGAUGGCCACUUAUCACAGAGUUGAGGAACGCGGAUUACCUAUCACAAGCCGGAGUAACUUUCAAGUCAUCCGAUCUUUUGGAUUUCCCAAACUAUAUGGACGAUGAAAAACCUGUUGUCCACAAGAUAAAGCGGAUGCUCACGGUGGGUAACGAAAAAAAAAGAGAGAGGGUUGAGGGGUUUUCAUUGCAUGUGGUGUUUGAGAAAGGCUGCUUAACGAUGCCGGGUUUCUUUGCUGAUGAAGUAUCUGAUAUGUAUCUAAGGAAUGUAAUUGCAUAUGAGCAGUGCGAGUCCCAUGAAACAGUACCCUUUACUUCUAACUACAUACAGUUCUUAAAUUUCCUAAUUACUUGUGAUAGAGACGUCCAGCUACUCACAGAAGAAGGAGUGGUAACGAACAGUAUGGGUCGGCCCAGCUUGGUGGUGGACAUGGUGAACAAAUUACAGAUUGGUCUGAAAACUGGGGCUCCCUCCCAAUACCACUACAUAGCCAAGAAGCUCAAAGCUCAUUAUAAAUCUCGAAGAAAGAUGUGUUGGGCUACUCUUAACAAAGUAUACUUCAGCGACUUGUGGACUGGGACAGCUAGUAUAGCUGCCGUGUUGCUCUUGUUAAUGACUCUGGUUGGGACGGUUGCUUCUGUCAUCCAAACAUACCAAAGCUUCAAGUAAUACUAUAUGUAUGCUUUUAUCUAUCGUCUAAAACUUGUUUUCUCCAAGUAUUUCUGUAAGGUUUAUGCAUGUACUUUGGUAAUUGAUUGUUGAAUUCUCAAAAAGAUUGGGACAAAACUAUAGUUUUUUUC